UGCCACAGGAUGGGCAUCAUGCCACGUACAACCCUGUUAUGGAGAAGAUGAAGAGGAUUAAGAAGCGCCUGUCGUUAACACUCCGCUCCAGUCAGACCAUUGACGAGUCUCUGUCAGAACUGGCUGAGCAGAUGACCAUUGAGGAUGGUGGCACCAAGGACAAUGAGCCCUUCAUGAGGAACGGCCGCCCCCCCACCUCCCACAGCAUGCACUCAUUCUUGCACCAGUACACCGGUCCCUUCAAGAAGCCUCCCCUCCGCCGGCCGCACAGCGUCAUCGGCGGCACCCUCGGGUCCUUCAUGGCAAUGCCACGCAAUGGCAGUCGUCUGGAUAUUGUGCAUGAGAACUUGAAGAUGGGCUCAGAUGGGGAGAGCGACCAGGCGUCGGGAACGUCCUCAGACGAGGUACAGUCUCCAACCGGCGUCUGUCUGAGGAACCGCAUCCACCGGCGGAUCUCUAUGGAGGACCUCAACAAGCGCUUGUCACUUCCCGCUGACAUCCGAAUUCCCGACGGUUACCUGGAGAAGCUGCAGCUCAGCAGCCCACCCUUCGAUCAACCACUCAGCCGACGCUCCCGCAGAGCCUCGCUGUCGGAGAUUGGUUUUGGCAAAUUGGAGACGUACAUUAAAUUGGACAAACUGGGAGAGGGAACCUACGCUACAGUAUUUAAAGGACGCAGUAAGCUGACAGACAACCUGGUGGCACUGAAGGAGAUCCGUCUGGAGCAUGAGGAGGGAGCACCGUGUACCGCCAUCAGAGAAGUGUCGUUACUGAAGGACCUUAAACACGCCAACAUCGUGACACUUCACGACAUCGUCCACACUGACAAGAGCCUCACGCUCGUAUUUGAGUACCUGGAUAAGGACCUGAAGCAGUACAUGGAUGACUGUGGAAACAUAAUGAGCAUGCACAAUGUAAAGAUCUUCCUGUUCCAGAUUUUGCGAGGGCUGUCAUACUGUCAUAAGAGGAAAGUUCUCCACAGGGACCUGAAGCCCCAGAACCUUCUUAUCAAUGAGAGAGGAGAACUCAAACUGGCUGAUUUCGGUCUGGCAAGGGCCAAGUCUGUGCCAACUAAAACCUACUCCAACGAGGUGGUGACUCUUUGGUAUCGGCCCCCUGAUGUUCUACUGGGAUCAUCUGAGUAUUCAACGCAGAUCGACAUGUGGGGUGUUGGUUGUAUAUUCUAUGAGAUGGCUGCAGGUCGGCCGCUGUUCCCCGGCUCCACCGUUGAGGACGAGCUCCACCUCAUCUUCAGGUUAUUGGGCACACCCACAGAGGAGAACUGGCCGGGAAUCUCCUCCAUCGAAGAGUUUAAAUCCUACAACUUCCCCAAAUACAAACCACAGCCGUUAAUCAACCACGCGCCCAGGCUGGACGGCGAAGGCAUCGAGCUGUUGCUGGCUUUCCUCAGAUACGAGUCUAAGAAGAGGACCUCAGCUGAAGAGGCGAUGAAACAUUCCCAUUUCAGGCAGCUCGGGAUGAGAGUUCACACACUGCCUGAGAGUGUUUCAAUAUUCACAUUAAAAGAAGUGCAGCUACAGAGGGAUCCUGGCUACAGGAACUCCUUGUAUCCAGAGUCAGGUAACGGAAAGAUCAACAGGAGGCAGAGCAUGCUCUUCUAAAGUGUGAUGAAGAGGAUAGUCGACUUCCCAACUUCAUCAUCACUUCCCACCAACCUCUCGCAUGAGCCCACCUCCCGUCGGAGUGAACCCCCCCAUCCCUCUUACCUGCACACACACACACACACACACACACACACACAAACACGCACACACACCCCUCUGAGCGAGUGACUCUGGGUUGAAUCUAUUUGGAGACUGUGUUUAUUUAUUGGGGGGGGUGAGGUUGAAUUUUUUGCUGCUAAACUACUACUGUCUGUAUUUAACACACCGUGUGUGUGCGUGUGCAUGUGUGUGUACAUGAUGUGAACUCGAGACGCCAUGCACAGUUGAGCAGUCAGAAAGGUUACUGUUGUUUGUCUUCUGACUACGCUUCUCCGGCUUCGUUUGAGUUAGAAUUCCACUGAUGUUGAUGUCGACGCUGUGAUCCAAGUUGUUGUUCUUGUUGUCGUGCUUGGAGACCAAACGCUUCAGUUUCUUCAGUUUUUUUUUUUUUUAUAAAUAUGUAUAUCUCUAUAUAUUUGGAAUUAAUGUUUUGUUUUUCUUCGAGCUUCCGUGACUGAACUCUACAACAUUUCCAGGUUUAGAAAGACUGGGACACUGGAUGGUCUUGGUGGGGAAAAAAACGGUUCCUCUGGAUUCCUCGUCAUGAUUUUCCCUAAACAUUUCUGUCAACUCUUCUUCUAGAGGCCCUGCUGCCCUCAGGAGGGUUACACCGGGGGACCAAAAGCAGGACUGUUAGCAGAUUGUGGUAACAGUUUUAAGCUGAGGGUUAAAGAAGCACACAUAGAGUCUGAUCAAACUGGGAGAACAUGAAACCAACUUUCGGUUCUUGUGUUCUUUUUGACCGUUCUGGCUCAGCGACGGGCCCAAACUGAGGAGGAGGGGGAGGCAAACAGUUGGUAAGACGAGCAAAAGGCACGGCUGAAAGAGGAGGAAUACUGGAGCUGAACAGGAAGUCAUGUGACAUCCCACAGGAAGCCGGCAAGCCUUCCCUAAAACCCCUCACAAAACUGCCAGGACUUCAGUGCUUUUUUAAAAAACAAAUGCAAGCUACACUUUUCUUGCUCUGUGUGCGUUCAGAGAUCUCACUGCAGUUAAGUCUUUGUUUUUAACUUGCACUUCAGCGUUUUGUUUUUUUUUUGUUUUGUUUUGUUUUGGUUUUUUGUAUCAGGGACCCGUGCCUCGACAUGGCCGAGUUUACCCAACAGUAUUAAGAUGUGUUCUCUGUGUCUGUGACAUUUUGACCUCUCCUUGUGAAACAACAGUGUCAUUGUGGCAUGUUUUUCAGAGGGGAGGGCGGUUGGUUGGGGUGGGAUAGCGGGGCUCGGGGUGGGGUGUUCAAAAGCAAAAUGGUUGUUUUCCACUUGGCGUUGGACCACUGCUCUCUCCAGCAUUUGUACACAAGAAGAAAAAAAAAAGAUUUCAAAUUGAAAUUUUAGAUUUAACUGCCCGCUGUGUUGUUUGCAACUGACAGUGAUGCUACAGAUGAAGCCGGUUGUGAAGUCUCACUUUUUACUGCAUGUUGACUGAAGCAUCUCCCAGAGAUCACUUUUUAAACGUGUACUGGUGCAUUCUGGGUUUAAUUUAGUUGCAGUGAAUAUUUGUCUUAUUCCUGUGGACGUAGGUGUUGUUACCUUUUGUCCUGAUAUUUCCAGCAGUUAUGUGAUAGCAAAAAGUGUUUAAUCGCUGUAAAGGAAUAGUUUGACAUUUUGGGAAAUAUGCUUAUCCACUUUGUUGAGAGAGUAAGAUGAGACAAUGGCUAACACUUGUGUCUGUACAGUGCGCUAGCACCAAAAGUCCGUUAGCUUAGCUUGGCUUUGCACAAGACUAAAUUCUGAUUUUUGUAGGAAUUAAACAAAGAUGUUGUUCAUAGUGAUAGAGGUUCUUUUCGGCAGAUUUUAUUACUUUUAACUAGAACCAGGCGAGCUGUUUGCCCCUGUUUCUAUUUUUUAUGCUAAGCUAAGCUAACCAGCCACUGGCUCAGCUACAUGGUUUUACUUUAUUGUACAGACCUGAGAGUGGUAUCCAUCUUCUCAUGUAGUUUUCAGCAACAAAGACAAUACACCUAUUUCACCAAAAUUUCAAACUCCUUUGAAAGAUUUGUGGUAAACAUUAAGAUUUAGCGUCAGACCUUCAGAAUCAAAGCGCAAGUGAUCCGAUUCAACACCACACAAGGAGAAAUCCAUCAUGGAAAAGGCAUAGAGCGAUUUCUACACUCACAGUAGCAAAAAAAAUCAAGUGCAGUGCAGAAGCCUCAGCACUAAAAACCCCAGGAAUGCAUCAAACAGCACAGGUUGAACAUGUAAGAGUAUUGCAGCUCUUUUGCUCGACAUCGUCAUGAAAAUGUCACAUUUAUUGUCUGCUGAGAUUUAAAGGAUUAGAGCAACACUUACUGAUUUGCUAGAACAUGCUAGAAAAGGGCAGGACGUAUCACUAAUGCUUGUUAAACUAAUUAUUAGCUGAGAGCAUUAAUGUAAUAAACAUUAACAGAGCUUGCAGCUAAUAGUGUAAUAACCCUGUAAACAUACCCAUUUCAAAUUUAAACCUCUGACGGAAUAUUUCUUUUCCCUCAGCAGGGAUCAAACUGUAAUAAUGAGCUUAUUAUUUCAUAAAUUGAAGCUCAAGACAAAGAGAAGAAAUGCAGAUGGAAGAUUUAAUAGUUUACAUUUCAAAUAAUGAAACAAUUAUUGUGUUCACAGGAAAUAAGUCAUUAUAUUAAUGGUAGACAUCCUGUAUUACGUUGACCCAUUGCCCCAUGAUUUCUCCCUUGGUAGCUGUAAAAUGAGAAAUCAUUUUCCUUCCACUUAUAAAGCAUUUCACAUUAACUGUGUCAGUGUGUUUCAUUGACAAUUUAUCACACAUUUUCUACAAGUGUCCCUGUAAUCAAACAUAAUGCAGGAUUAUUCCACUGUUAACUGCAAACUGUUUUUGCUAAUGGCAGUUUUUUUGACAUGAACAGCAGCGACAUGCACGAAAGGAGAUUUCUACAACGGCUAAAUAUUUAUCGUUGUAAAACUGUAAACUUUUUCAAAUGUAUGAAUGACCUGAAUUCAUGUGAACAUGUCUGACCGCGCGCGUGUGUGUAUGUAUGUGUGUGCCUGAUGCAUGGAAGGCCUGCUGUGUUGUGAAUUCGACCUCUCUGAAACACUGAGCUGCCGGUGAACAGUUGGUGUGUGACUCUUUUUACUGGAACUAUUUAUUUCUCAUAACCAUCGAAAGUAAAUUUAAUCUGUUUCAUAAAGAGUCUGUGCAGCGGUCGUUCUUUAAGUGGUGAAUGUGUGUGUAUUAACAACUGAAACUGAUACAGAUGAUCUGAAAAGUAAAAUUAUUUAUUCCAAAAAAAGGUAACAUUUCUCACGACAAAACACAAGCAAAUCAUUGAGAAUACAUUUCCAAUAAAUUUAUAAAAAAUAACCAGGAGCCAUUUUACAAUAAAAAAGAAAGUUUGUGCAAUUUUGACCUGGAAUGUCUGUUAAAACCUGGUUUAAAGCUUAAUACAUUUACACAAGUCUUACAAUAUUGAAGGCACAGCUGGUAAAAGGCUGGAAAGUACAGUGCAUCAAAAAAAAGGCAUGAAACUGUAGGCCUACAGAUAAAAAAAAUGUUCACAGCGUCAAGAUAAAGCAAUGCAGAAGGCAAAAAUGAAGAUUUUGACAGCGUUUUAGUGAGCUGGCUAGCAGGUGCUCUGCUAGGAGUCAGUCAUCUCAUGUGGCCACACUUAAACAAUCCAGAUCUGGAUGACGAAUGUAAACCAAGUAGGGGUUUUUUUUGUUUUGUUUUUUUAAGUAAAAAUGAUCACUGUCACUCACACUUUGUUUUUACAUCCCCAAAAAGGUUUAUACAUGAGCAAUUGGUUGACUGUUGUGACAUCCAAAAUUGUUUACAUUUUAAGAUUUGGUCUAUUUAAAGAACGGCUUAACACGGGGAAAAAAUACAGACACCUGCUACUUGCUAUCUGUAAUGCUAACUUACUGGCCUGUGUAGCCUAUAGCAUUUAAUCGUCCACUUACAGUCCCAUUUUAUCAAACAGCAAGGAACAAUUUGACAUUUUGGGAAAUAUAAUUUCUUGCCAAGAGUAAGAUGAGAAAAUUUAUACCUCUCUUAAGCUGCUUGUACACUGCUGCUUCGUAACUUAUUGCCCCCAGUCAUUUCAGUGAGGGAAACGUGGCAGAGGGGAAGCCAUUUCCAACAUGGCGAUAGGAAUAUUAAGUAGUUGCCGCCUACACGCAUGUGCACAGAUUUUGCUCUGCUGUGCUAAAUUUACCGUGUAAAACUUAUGGUGGUUGCCACCUGGCUUUGGCCAACUAAAUAGUGGGCAUCACGAAACAGGAAGAGGAUAAGAUGCAGUAGUGAAUGAUAAUAAACUGUCCAAAUGUGUAGAAAUCUUUGGUAAUUUCAGUGAUUUCUGCUGUCUUGCUACGGUACGCAGCUACAAGCUAGCUUGCACUUCUGCCAGUGUUUAGUGAAGCACUUGUUAUCACAGUUAUGGACCAUAGCUGCAUCAUCCGCUUUUAAAAACACUUAUGAUUUUGGGGGAAUGCGCUUGCAGAUAGGCGGUGUGAAAGCAGCUUUAUGUUUUAGGUAUGUAGCUACAGCCAGCAGCUGGUUAGCUUAACAUGAAGACUUGACAGCUAGCUUGGCUCUUUCCCAAAUUAACACGUUUCUCAAUCUGCGUUCUUGCCUGUACUUGUGUGCUUGAGGACGUGUGAAACGUCAUCAGUCACAGCCCAAGUACUGUUUCAAUCGUACAGUACAGUCCAAAUGCCCGGAUGUGAACUUGCUCUGUCCGUUCCAUCGGGGAUGCAUCAGGAGGUGACUUGUGUGGACUUUUGACAGCCAGGUAUCCCAGAAUGCAUUUCUCACAGACCAGCAGCAAUGGCAGCCGUCCUUGGGAGUCUGUACUCCCGAGUCGAACUUGCCAAGUCCGAACCCCCAAAUACGCCAAGUCCAAACUUGGUGUAUUUGGUAUUGAGAAACACCUAAAGUCUGUUUCUACCUCUAAAGCUCACUAAUAGGCUACUGAUGAAAUCAUUGGUGGUUGUUUAAUCCAUUAAAAAAAAAAAACUGUAAAAACAACAUAUUUUGGAGGUUAUGUGCAAAACUGUUUUUGGUCGGGUAGAGGUGACCUCCUGGAGUCAACCCUUAUUCCAACCAUAAAACUACAAAUUGUAAAUUGUUGUUUUUCCAUUUUUGUUUUUCAUACAGAUAGUGUGAUUAUUAGUGAGCUUAUAGCUGCUGGCAGUUAGGUUUGGUCACCUUUGGACAGAGCAAGGCAAACGGUUUCCAUGUUUCCAGUCUUUAUGCUAAGCUAAGCUAACUAUCUCCUGGCAGUAGCUUUAUUUUAAGCACACAAGCACGAGUGGUAUCAAUCUUCUCAUCUAAAACUAACUCUUGGUAGAAAAGCAAAAAAAAAAAAAGUAUUUUUCAUGUAACAGUAUGGUAGCAUGAUGAACAUUUACUCCCUUAAAGGAGCUGUAUUUACAUCUAUUAAGUGAGGGAUCUGUCAUUGCUAAGGUUUGGUUUCCCAUAAUUCCUGGCAAAGAUUUCCCAAGAUUUUUAUUGUUUGAGUCAGUGGUGGAUACUGACAUUAGUCAGGGUAGGAAGUCAUGAAACUGCAACCAGUCUGUAUUGCUCAAGUUUAGACCAAGAUGAGUGAGAUGAGAUAUAAAAUGAGAUGAGAAAUGUGAUAAGGUCUGUCUGACCGCCAGCCAAUUCCUUUGCAUGAAAAAAAAA